UAGACCGCUCCUCGUCCCAGUUCAUAUUUCCAUCCAGCUCGACAGUCCACGAAUCAAACUUGGUUGACUACGUCGGCUAUUUAUCGAGUCCGUUUUAGCUGUUUUUUGGUGACGAUUUGCCAGCAACCUAUGUUAUAAUCACUACAAGAUAAUGAGAUUACUGAUUGACUGGGACCAACUGGCAUCCAUCACAAAGUGUACAUUUUGCCCCUGCCCCUGAAGUCCCACCCUCUCAGCCAUGAUACCUUUCUAGAAUAAUCCACCAGCUUAUGGGUUUGUCUCACCUUUUGGAUGAAGCAUGUAUUGGUCUGUGGGGUUCAGUGAGAUCAGUGGUGAUAAAGAGAACGAUAUGGCUCAACAAGAAGGACUCUCCAGAGGUCUUCGGCGCUAACGGAGGAUCGCAGACUGACACCCCGUGCGCUGGUCACGGUGGCUCUGAAGGAGAGGGGGAACUGCAGUACACAGUUAACCUGACUGCGCAUCUUGCGCGAGGAGUCGAUCCGCAGGGAGAUCUGUGCCGCUCCGCCGACAUGGGAGGCAAGCAGUCGGUCCUGGGGAACGGCGCCUUCGGCAAGUCGCCCACCCUGGAGAACAUCCAGGCCGCCUACAGGGACGGAGAGAGCGGGAACGCUCUGGAGCUGAUCCGGAUGUCCUGCGGGGAGAGCGGAGGAGCCCGGCUGGGAAAGGCUGAGCUCCUGUGCGUGGCGGCUCAGCACGGAGACGUGGACAGCGUGCAAUACCUGCUGAAAGAGGAGCGGGCCCCCAUCCCCCGGGAACCCACCGAGGACAACCCCGCCAUCUUAGCCGCUCACUACGGACACGCCCAGGUGGUGCAAGAGCUGCUGGACUCCAUGGCGGGGCCCUGCAUCCCGCGCGAGCUGCUGAACUGGAUGCUGGCCACGGCCUGCCAGCGGGGCCACCUGGAGGUGGUGAGGCUGCUGGUGCAGGGCUACAGCGCGGACGCAGAGGACUGCGCUAUCCACAAGGACCAGUUCGCCGUCAUCACCGGACUGCCCCUGUACGCGGCCGCGCAGGCAGGAAACGAGGAGAUCUCUUGCUUUCUGCUACAGAAUGGAGCGGGCUUCUCCUCCUACACCCUGAUGGACCACCCAGCCUUCUCCAGGCAGCUCCUGCGGACUCAGUUCAUGGGGGCUUGCGAGGCGGAGGACAGCGGAGAAGUGGAGGACGCUGUCUCUGUGCGCUGGUCUGGUCUGGGCCUGCCGUGGCUGGAGCUGGACUGGUUCAUCGACCUCUCGUCCCGGAUCACGGUGCUGGACCUGUCCUCUAACGGCCUCUCGGCCCUGCCCUCGGUGGUGCCCUGGGGCCUCAUCCACCUGCUCAGGCUGGACCUCUCCAACAACCAGCUGAAGGAGCUGCCCGCUCCUCGCUCCUCCCAGGAGAUCAUCUGCACCCAGCUACAUGAUGUUAACCUCUCUCAGAACGAGCUGGCCUGCCUUCCCUCUGGCUUGCUGCACCUGACCAGCAUUAAGAAGAUCACUGCAGCCAAGAACCAGCUUAAAGACCUGUUUGACAUCACCAAUGGAACCAACUGGAUUGGGCUCCGUAAGCUGGAGGAGCUGGACGUCUCAGACAACCUCCUGCCCGCCCUCCCCUCCGCUGUGCUCCACUGCUUUAAGGCCCUCGUGGGCCUGAACGUGAACAGGAACAAGCUGACCAUGUUCCCUGACCCUUGGGCCUGCCCCUUGAAGUGUUGCAGAGCAGCUUCUAAUGAGAUCGCCAGCAUCCCCGACACGAUCUCCAUCUUCUGGAGGACUCCACUGAAGGAAGUGGACUUCUCAGACAACGCACUGAAGGAGCUGCCUGCACACAUUUUUGAGCUUGAGGGCCUGGUCUCUCUGAAGCUCUGUGGGAACCAGCUUUCUGCUCUGCCUUUGCCCACAACGUGGAAAUGCUCCCAGCUAAAGACGCUGGACCUCUCCAGGAACCAGCUGGGGAAGAAUGUCGAAGCCCCAAAAACCAAGAAGCGAUUCUUUACCACCUGGACCAGGAGAGAUCCAGACCCAGCAUCUGCCGUCGAAUUUCCCUCAAUACUGCGGGAUUCACUGGAAGUGCUUUUCCUGAACGACAACCAGCUGGACUCAGUGCCUCAGUCAGUGUGCAAUCUGAGGAACCUCUCUGAGCUUUACCUGUCCAAUAAUCCGGGAAUCCGAGAGCUGCCGUCUGAGCUGGGACAGCUGUCUAAUCUGUGGCAACUCGACAUGGAAGACCUUAACAUCACCAAUAUCCCGGCUGAGGUCAAGAAGGAAGGUCCUGCAGCGGUGCUAGGCUAUCUCAGGGCCCACCUGAGGAAAGCAGAGCCCUGCAAGUCUCUGAAGAUGAUCGUGGUGGGACCGCCCCGGCAGGGGAAGACCACUCUCCUGGAGGCCCUGCAGACGGGCCGCGUGGGCCAGUUCCUCCCCGCGGAGUCCAGCAUCCGCACCACAGCCUGGACGCUGGAGAGGCCCAGCGGAGUCAAAACCAACAUGGAUUCAGUGGACUUCAGUGUGUGGGACAUCGGGGGCCCUGCCAGCAUGUCUACAGUCAAUCAGUGUUUCUUCACGGACAAGGCGGUGUAUGUAGUCAUAUGGAACCUGGCUCUGGGCGAGGAGGCGGUGGCUAACCUGCAGUGCUGGUUAUUAAACAUUGAGGCCCGUGCUCCUAACUCUGCAGUGGUGGUGGUCGGCACGCACCUCGACCUCAUCGAAACCAAGUUCCGCACCGAGAGGAUCGCCACCCUCCGCGCCUACAUCCUGGCACUGUGCCGAUCGCCCUCCGGUGCCAGGGCCAGCGGCUAUCCUGACAUCACCUGGAAACACCUGCACGAAGUGUCCUGUAAGACCCUGGAGGGCCUGGACGGGCUGAGGAGGCUCAUCUACCAGGUGUCCUGCUCCAUGAAGGACAUCACCAGCUCCUCCAGCUGCCACAGAGUGGUGGGGAGACUGAUCCCUAAAAGCUACCUGGUGCUUCAGGACGCGAUCAUCGCCGAGCGUCUGAGACGGGACACCGAGGACGAGGUGCUGUACCUGACUGACCUCCAGCUGGAGCUUAUCAUCCAGCAGAACCCUGGGAGCGACAUCAAGGACUAUGAGGACCUGCAGUCUGCCAUUAGCUUCCUGAUAGAGACGGGCACGCUGCUGCACUUCCCCGACACCAGCCACGGCCUGUGCAAGCUGUACUUCCUGGACCCGGUGUGGCUCUCCGAGUGCCUGGAGCGCAUCGUCCACCUCAAGAGCUCGCGCUCGGUGGCCCGCAACGGUGUGAUCCGGGCCGAGGACCUGCGCAUGCUGCUGGUGGGCACCGGCUUCACCCAGCACACCGAGGAGCAGUACUUCCAGUUCCUGGCCAAGUUUGAGAUCGCUCUGCCCGUGGCCAGCAGCAGUUACCUGCUCCCUCACCUCCUGCCCCCAAAGCCAGCCAUGGACAUCCACGGCUUCCGACAGCAGACCACCAACACUAUCCAGCGCCUCUUCAAGAUGAGCUUCGUCCCAGCGGGAUUCUGGGAGCGCUUUAUCGCCAGGAUGUUGAUAAGUCUGGCCGAGAUGGACCUCCAGUCUUUUGAGACGAGAAAUAACGCCAAGAGCCUGCGGAACCGCAGCACGGUCAUUUACAGCUUCGCCGGGAACGGGAACCAGCAGAGGAACCGCUGCAGCACGUUCCGGGUCCGACGCAGCCAGACCAUCUACUGGAAGGAGGGGCUGCUGGUCACAUUUGAUGGGGGGUUCCUCAGCGUGGAGUCCUCUGACGUCAACUGGAAGAGGAAGAAGAGCGGAGGCAUCAAGAUCAUCUGUCAGUCAGAGAUGCGAGACUUCUCUGCCAUGGCCUUCAUCACCGAUCACGUCAACUCCCUGAUAGAGCAGUGGUUUCCUGCCCUGACAGCCAGCGAGAGUGACGGUACUCCGCUCAUAGAGCAGUACGCCCCGUGUCCUGACUGCACCGCCAUAGCUGAGCAGAGGGGUGAGGAUCUCUCAGCCCACCCCAACCCCAACCCCAACCCCAACCCCAACCCCAGCCUCAGCCCUGUGCAUUACUUUAACAUGGAGCACUGCGUCAUCGCCGCCGUGGAGAAAGACCACGUGAUCUGUCCCAACCACCCCGAGCGCCCUGUGCCCCUGCAGGAGCUGGUUCCUGAGAUCUUCAUGACCGACUUCCCAGCACGGCUGUUUCUGGAGGAGGGCCAGCUGGAGUGCGGUGAGGAGGAGAGGGACGUCCUGGGCCAGGGUGGCAGCGGCACCGUCAUCUACAGGGCCAAGUACAGGGGCCUCCCCGUGGCCGUCAAGCGCUUCCACUUCAAGAAGUGCCGGCAGAAGUCACUGGGCUGCGGCACAGACACCAUGGUCAAGCACUUGCAGUCGAUGGACGCCAGCAGGAACUUCAGCGAGUUUCGGCAGGAGGCGAGCAUGCUGCACUCCCUGCAGCACCCCUGCAUCGUGGCCCUGCUGGGCAUCAGCAUCCACCCGCUCUGCUUCGCCCUGCAGCUGGCCCCCCUGGGCAGCCUCAACACCGUGCUGGAGGAGCGCGCCAAGGGGGCUCAGUACAUGCCACUGGGCCACAUGCUGACCUUCAGGGCAGCCUAUCAGAUUGCAGCAGGCCUGGCCUAUCUGCACAGGAAGAACAUCAUCUUCUGUGACCUCAAGUCCGACAACAUCCUGGUCUGGUCCCUGGAGGUGUGCGAUCCGCUCAACAUCAAGCUCUCCGACUACGGCAUCUCCCGGCAGUCCUUCCACGAGGGGGCGCUGGGUGUGGAGGGCACGCCGGGGUACCAGGCCCCCGAAAUCAAGCCGGGCAUCGUGUAUGAUGAGAAGGUGGACAUGUUCUCCUACGGCAUGGUUCUGUACGAGCUCCUGUCCGGCCGCCGGCCGGUCCUGGGACAUCACCAGCUCCAGAUCUCCAAAAAGCUGUCCAAGGGCAUCCGUCCUGUGCUGGGCAGCCUGGAGGAGGUGCAGUUCUACUGCCUGCACAGCCUGAUGAUAGAGUGCUGGGACACCAAACCGGAGAAGCGCCCCCUGGCUAUGCCGCUGCUGCGUCUCAUGCAGGAGCCCAGCUUCGCCUGCUUCAGGUACCUGCUUCCCUGCGAGCAGCACAGCCAGCUCUUCCUGUCCUCGCAGCAGGGCCACAGCGCCGUCUUCUGGGACGGGGAGAAAGAGCACAGGAAUUACACUGUGGUGAACAUAGACAAGGGUCAGGUGGAAGUGAGGCGAAUGACCUGCCCGGGACCUAAACUCAGCUGUCAGAUGAAGGUAGAAAACUCACUGUGGACAGCAACUGAGGAGCAGCACAUAUACAUCUACAGUCUGAAGGACAUGUGUCCUCUGAGCCAGCCGCAGAAGGAGCUGGCGUGCCCCGCUGUUGUCACCUGCAUAUUCACAGUGCCAGCCAAGAAAGAUACUCUUCCUAUGGUGUUUUGUGGCAUGGCGGACGGGCUGGUAGCCGUGUACACGCUGGUGAACGACAUGCCCCUGGAGGGAGAGUCCUACCUCUGCUCCCACACGCUCAACAAGUCAGUGUUCAGCCUGGAGGACCAAGACCCGCGGCUGAAGCCCUACCCGGUGACGUGUAUGGUGCUGGUGCACAGCGGCUCUGAGGUGUGGUACACCAACGGGCCUGGGAUCCUGGUCAUCGACUGCCUCUCCCGGCCCCUGAAGGCCGUCCGGCGCCUGGACCCCUACCUGUACCCGUCCACCAUCGUGUCCCUGGCCUCCGGCCCGGGCGGCGGCUGGGUGGAGGAGGCCGUGUGGUGCCUGGACGACCUGAGCAACACCCUGCUGAUGUACCACGCGGCCAGCUACCAGCUGUGUGCCCGCUACAGCUGCGGGGACUCCAACCCCCUGAGGGACACCUUCACGAUCCUGAGGCCUGCAGAGACAGAGGCUCCCCCGGCCCUCCUCCCACAGCGGGACAGCCCCACGGAGGAGCACAGCCCCACGGAGGAGCACGGCCCCAGGGAGGUGACCGUGCUGCACAGCGAGGAGACGGGCACACAGAUCAUCCGCCAGCAGGACUCUCUGACGGACUACUGCUCCAUGACGUCCUCGUCCCUGUCCUCUGAGCGGCUGGGACACCUGGACCGCUCCAGCUCCGGGGCGCUCAGCUCGCUGGCCAGCUCGGGCAGCGUGCCCCUCUUCACCGACUGUGAGGGCCUGGACCCUGCCGAGGGCCUGGAGCCCCCCGAGGGACUGGAGCCCACCACGCAGGGCCACAGCCCUACAGACCAGCAGGGCCACAGCCCUACAGACCAGCAGAGCCACAGCCCUACAAACCAGCAGGGCCACACCCCUGCACACCUACAGGCUCUUAGUGUGCUGCCAGUCAGAGGAACGCUGUGGAUCCCCAGGCGCGGGGGUGAUAUGAUGGUGGUGGAGCUGCGGCAGCAGGAUGAGGUCCUCAGGGGACGGGUCAUCGCGGUGCUCAGCCCCCCUGGUCUGGUCCCGUACGGGACCCUGGUAGAAGCUGCUUUGGUCGCAAAGGACACUGUUGUGUGUGGCUUUCGCAAGGAAAACAUGGAGUGGUGCCUGGCUGUCUGGCGGGGCUGGGGAGCCAGAGAGCUGGAAAUCUUCUACCAGUCCUACGAGGAGCUGGGACGGCUGGAGACCAGCAUGAGAAGAAGAAGGUAGCUGUUGUGCGGGCGCAGAAUCGGGGCUCUGUGAGGGCCCAGGCUUGGGGAAUACACGCUGACAGGCCGUACUGUUCAGAACAGGAGGGCGAGCACGCCGUGACAUCAGCACCACGCACGGGGAGGGGGGGUCGGGGUUCAGGUGUGUGGGGGGUUGACCCUGUCGUAGAGUGCUCGUCUCCCCCAGACCCUCUUCCACGGACCCUUCAACGACACACGUGGCCGUCCACUGCAGCACCUGACCUGGGAUGACGGCUCUACAAGAGGGACGUCUGUUGCUGGAAGUGACAUGGAGUCUUGGACCUAACACUGGGCCAGUGUGCCAGCACCUCCUCAGAGAGGAGGGACUGAAGCUGCCCAGGGGAGGAGCAUCGGACAUCAAAUAAACAACCGUAUCAGCUUGCGUGUUGAUUUAACCCUAAGCCAUCUCAAAACACACCAGGGCUCUUUGUGGGUCACAACGGAGGGUGGGGGAGGGGUUCAGGAAACAAACAAAAGUGAGAGAAUCAAACGCCCGCCCUAGUGAAAAUAACAGAGACUCCUGCCAAAUGUGUGAAGAUUAGCUGCCGGGAGUUUGGGAAGAGGACUGAAGACAGGGUUUUGAGCAUCUGUUUGGGUCCUAAAGCGCUCUGCCUGAGAUUGACACAGCUCUCCUGCAGGAGAGGCCCCGGCUGGGUGAGCCGGCUGUAUGUUCCCAUGGGCACUGCGUUUCCUGAGAGACAGCAUGAACAGUAUUUGUAAUUUAUAGUGAGUGGUAUACACACUCUCUGCAUGUGUAAAUAGAACAGAACCGUGUUGUAUAUAUUAAAAUAUCUAUGUAAAGCA